AUGGCAACAACUACUAUGGUCUUGCCAAUGACUAAAUUAGUUAUGCGACUAUCUAAAGAUGCAAUAAGAAAACGUAAAUCAAGAAAUAUGGAGACACAAGAACAAAGAGCUCCUCGUUUAUCCAAACAACGUGAUCUGACAACGAGAAAUAGAGCAAAUGAAACUGAAGGACAAGUCAAAAUGCGACUCGCUAAGGACUCAAAUCGGAAAGCACCCAGUCGGCUUAAUCUAAAUGAACUGAAAAAGUACCAGCUUAUACAAAAGGCUAUUAUACGUCGCCGUAUUCGAACAAAAGAAAAACUAACAAAAACAAAUCCGUGGCCUGCUGUUAUUCCUUACAAUUAUAAAUGUCAAUGCCUUGAAAACUUUACUAAUUGUAUGUCAAAAUUGAAUCUAACAGAAUCAACUUGUGCAUUAUGUAAUAUCCGAGUCUUUUCACAACAUAUGGUUCGUGUACCCAUGAUUACACUGAAGAAUGAAUUAUCUCUUCGUCCACAUAUUGAUAUUGCAAAAAUUAUUCCUGGUUAUGAAAAUCUAAUCAUUGAUGAUGAAAAUUAUAUGGAAUUAAAACAAAACAACAUUUUAUAUGAAAGUAUCACCAUUAAUUUUGAAAAUUUAAAUGAUUUACCAGAUAAUGAUAUUCUGGAACCACUUUGGGCUACUCGAGAAGAGCAUUCAAAUAUUAACGAAGUUGUAGAUCAGAGAGAGGGCUACGUUUCUGAUCCAUUAAUCGAAGCAAAUGAACAUGGUGAAAGAAUUGGUGCAGAUGUAAUUCCCGUCAACGUGAGUGGCGUUCUUGAUGUUAAAGGAACAAGUAUUACAUCAGAAGAUAUUAAUUAUCAUUUGUUACAAAGACUGCGUGUCAAUUCUGCAAAAUCGUCGAUAACACUUGGUGAAAAAGAUUUAAAUGAUGAUGAUGUUGUAUACAUGAUUCCACAUGGAAGUAAACCUACAAAUGAAUAUUUGAAUUCAAAUCUACUUCCUGAUCUAUAUCCAACUUUGUUCCCGUAUAGUUUUGGUGGUCUCGAAGAUUCUUCACGUCCAGUGAAAGUAUCAAUGAAGGAUCAUGUUCGGUAUUUGCUUAAUUAG